AUGACGCUGCCUUGCCAAGGCCGAAUUUUUGAGGUUUAUGGCAUGAGCCUUGGCAUUUGCUGGCUCACAAGCCUUGGUUCGUGUGCUGUCCUCACUUGGCCUAUGACUGAGUUUCUCAUGGGCGAGCUUACAACUCGAAGGGACUUUAGGUUCUGUCGGAGCAUUUCACUGACAGCUCGUCUAGAUCUUUUCCUGCGCACAGUCAUCUCCCACUGCCAAAUCGGCAGUAGGUAUGCUCCGCCAGAACCUUCUCCACUGGCAAUCAGUGAGAAAGAGAGAGCGGAGAAAGCAAAGCCCAGGAGCUCUGGUUGUCUCCCUGAGACUGUCAUGGAAGAAAUCCCGCCAGAAAUCCCAGGCUUGCCUGAGCUUCAGCCGGAGCCAAAGGAGGAAAAGCCUGAACAUUGGAUUGGCUAUGAUGGUGAUGCUUCUAGUGCACCUCGAAGGUGGCCGGAGGGCUACGAUCAAGAAGUGGCAGACUGGUGA